CUACUGGGAGCUGGAUUAUUGCUAUUCUUUAACAUUCUAUGCGGCUCCACAACUGCGACUCCAAUCAACAAGUGGUAUUGGCUUGAAGCAGGAACAGAACUAAUCCCUGGUGCACAUCCAGUGACUAGAUGGACAAGCUACAACUCCUGUGGUGUGUCCAAUGGACACAAUGUUGACUGUACUGAUUCUUCUCCAGCGUAUCCAAUGUCCCCUGUCUCAAACUUUGACACAACCGAGGGCGUUCCCAAAGGGCUGCAAUCAAGAAAGGGAACAACGUAUUACCUCUCUAAGACUGGCUGGGCUUUCCUGCUAAUUGGUUUGCUAUUCACGUUGUUGGCGCUGAUCCCAAAUCUCUUUAGCGUUUGCUUGCCAUCAAUGCGUUUGCUAACUGGCACACUCGAGGUUUUUACCAUACUUGCUCUUUUAUUCAUUGCGCUUUCAGCAAGUUUGCUUACAGCUGGUUACGUCAAGGCUCGUAAUAGCUUUAGGGAUGCGGGGCAUUCAACAAGUUUGGGUCGUACAAUGCUGGCAUUUAUAUGGACCUCUGUCUUCUUGUUGGCAGUUGCUAGUUUAGUCAAUAUCUUUGGAAUCUUUACAAGAAACAAAAUGACUGACAGAGAAAAGAAAUACACAGAUAACUACGACAUUACU